CGCCGAGGUUCAACGUCAACGGCUAUUUGGGUUAUGAACGAAACCAUAUAUAAUCAGAAUUGAAAUAAAUAAAAAACCAGUAACGACAGAGAUGAGGCUUCUCUCUCAAACUUUUCGAUCCGUAAAACUUUCAAACCCUAACCCAGCGAAACCAUCAUCUUCAUCAGCAACAUCAAGAAUAUUAAAAUCCCAGUUACAACCGAGUCCAAAUACGAAUUCUAAAUCAAGAUCAUGGUGUGUGUAUCUCAUUGUCUCUACCAACACCCCUAUCAAGACCUACGUUGGUGUCACCACCGAUUUCUCUCGCCGCUUGAAACAACAUAAUGGUGAACUAAAAGGUGGUGCUAAAGCAUCCCGUGCAGGAAGACCAUGGGUUUGUGCAUGCUUAAUUCGAGGUUUCUACGGCCAAAGUGAAGCUUGCGAAUUUGAAUCAAAAUGGAAAAUCUUCUCACGGAAAUUGCCACGCAAAAGGAAUCGUGAAGACACAAUGAAGCAGAAGAAUGAUAAAUCACUUCCACUGCUGCAACACAGGCAAGCAGCUCUAAAUAGAGUGAAAGCAUCUCUUCAUUGCAGUCACUUAGAAAUUGAUUGGCAAUUGAACCCUUUCUAGAUUGUUGUAAAUAAUCCCGGAUGUAUGCUAAAUUAAUGAGAAGUGUAUAAUAUAGGGUAAAGGAAACACCCAUCUCCAUCAUUCCUGUACACAGUAUUAAUCCUAUAUAUCUCAAUAAUGAAAAAGCAUGUAUUAUCAAAUACUAAUUCAAAUGUGACUAGUCUUUCUUCAUUAAGGAUAUACUGGCGCAGCUGAAGGUGUGUCUGUACUUUAGAAUGUCGAAACUGGCUUCUUGUUCCUUUGAUUUGUGGCAACAUGAAGAUGUUGUCCCUCUAGAUCAUAAUAACACUGCCAAAUUUUUUAUU